GCGGCGAAACGGUGGUCAUCGGCGUCGUCAUUAUCGCCGGCACAGACAGCAGCGCGGCGGCAGUCUACGACGACAGUGAAUGAAUGUGCAAACGACUGGUUACGGAAGCGGAACUAAGCGAAUACAGUACAUCGCUGCCAGCGGAAGGUCGCAAUAGUACGGUUACGCUUACUAUUGUCGUUAAAAGAAAAAAGCUACAACCUAAUGUUCAUUUUCUAGUCGACACCUGCAGUAUAAUCGCCACCUGUUACCUUAGCCGGUGGUCGUCGUCGAGAGUGUCGGGUAUGCAGGCGUCCGCUAUUGUGGUACGUCGCUGAUCCACAGAGCGAAUUCGUUCGUGAGCAACGCAGCAAUCGCAAAAUUAGACGAAAGAAGAUGAUACGUUAUUAUUACUUGUGGCCGUUCGACUUUGAGGUUUUUGUUUUCUGAGCCUGGUGUUCCAUAAUUUGUUUCACCAUCAUAAUUCCGAUAAGUAUUUGUGCUCCACGAUGUAAGCGAUUACUCAAACGUAAAUAAUCUUCUUCUAUUCAACACUCGGCUUAGGGUCGAGGGAUUUUAGGUCUGUCCAAUAGUGCGGCCAUACUCGGGUUACUGACAUCGGCAAUUCGGCCGUCUGUCCUAUGCUGUAGUCAACAUCGUGUGUCAACAUCCAUUUGUUUUUGUGUGUGUGUGUGUGGGUGUAUGUGUGUGUGUGCGUGCGCGUGUGUGUGUGUGUGUGUGUGUGAGAAUUUAGUUCGAGUCAGGAAAUUUGUGUAGCAAGAAAAAUGCAGCGAUCUGUUUGUAUCGGUUUCUGGAGCACUGCACGAGAAGUAUUAGCAUCAGCUAUCCACUACCAGCAGUGAAUGAGUUGCCUUUUGAUCAGAUUGAUGUGACCAGCGGAUGGUGAUGAUUAACAAAACAGGUAACACUAUUACUGCUAGUUGCCAGUCUUCUUAAGAGAGGGCCUAGGAGACUUUCCCCGAACGAGGGUGCCAAGCACAGCACGAUGGAGCAAACGCAACAGCAGCCUAUUGUACAAUACGAUCAGGACUUCCUGUUCAAGGUGUUAGUUGUCGGUGAUUUUGGCGUUGGCAAAACAGCGAUCGUACGCCGCUACACAGAUGGAAUAUUUUCGCAAAAUUACAAGAUAACCAUUGGAGUCGACUUUCUUAUCAAGCGACUUCGUUGGCAUCCCAAUAAACAGAUUACUCUACAGCUAUGGGACAUCGCAGGACACGAGAGGUUUGGCUCGCUUACGAGGGUCUACUAUAAGUACGCGACAGCAGCAGUCUUCGUCUAUGACUUGACGCGGCCAGCUACACUCGAGUCCAUCGUAAAAUGGCGCGAGGAUCUCCGGGAGAAGACGGACGACAAGACAUGCUUGCCCACAGUGCUUCUGGCAAACAAAUGUGAUAUUGCAGACGAUUGGCCCGAUCUGGACCGAUUCUGUAAGCAGAAUGAUAUCGAUGCCUGGUUUCCUACUUCAGCGAAAGAAGAUGUUAAUGUUGAUGAAGCUCUUAACUUUCUCGUUGAACGAAUAGUUGAAGGGGGCGUGGAAUUAGGGAAUUCAAACCCGGCCGGUGUUCAAGCAGACAAUGGAAUUCUCCUUAAGGAUAGGCCAACUUCAAAUGUUUGUCAGUGUUAAUUUUUCAUCGAUUACAGCGUCGUAGUGAAUUGUUCAUUGGAAACUUCAGCGUGUAUGAAGGUUACAGCAAAAUUGUUAAACUAAGUCAGACCGCGAGGCUACAAUAGGGAUGGAUCUCACGCACGUUAUUUCUAUAGCUGUGCCCGCGUCACAUACACUGUCUGGCGGGCUUUUCAAAUGUUCAAGAAAAUGUCUUCUUUACAAGUACCUGCUUGAUAUCUUCAAACUGAGCAGUAGUCAUUAAUCGUCUAAGGAAUUCCUUCAUCUUCCCCGACGGCCGAACGGUUAAUCAAGCAAGACGAAGGGGCAAGUGAAAGCAUAUAGAGCCGCCUUGAUGAUGACUCAAUGAUGACCAUGGUGGUGGUGCCGGUGAUAAUGUUAUCGUUUCUUAUUACCGCAGCCGUCGAGUCACGUCCUGCUGCUGCUGCUCCCGAUGAAACGGCCGAGAAAUGCCGGCGCCAGGUUGCGACGAGGUCCCGAUUGAGUCAUCCAAACGCUUCACAGUUGCACUGAUGUGGUAACAUAGUAACUGUUGACUUGUCUCUAACUCAUCCAAAGUGAUAAUGACGGGCCGACGCACAAGAUUAUCGUCCAUCAUCGAUAAUAGAUUGACAAUGUGCGUUCUCGACGUGGGCAACGUGCGCCAAUGCUGGCGCAACUUCUUACGCAAUCCCGCUAAUUCCCGAAAUUUACAAAGUACGACUGUUAAUCUCUCCAAUAACUUGUUCUUUUAAAAUGUUCAUUUUGUUCUAGCUGGUAUCUAUUAGUUUAUGAUCGCGCCAUAUACUGCAGACAAGAGAAGCACCCGUCGCUUCCGGGCAAUUAUUUUGACGCUUCAUUCUAAUGAUGAACACGUAUCAGGAUUAUUGCGGUAUACCCUGCGUAGGUGGUCGAUCGAUCGAGUUCGAGCCGGCUAUUCGCACCAAGGUGCAAUCCGGCGACGUGCGUCGGUAAAUCUUACUGGAUUUUUUCCAUUCGGAAGUAGAUUGAAAAGC